GAAAAAGCAAAACGUGUAAAAUAUUGUUUGAGUUUAACGAAAAUAAAAACAAAGUAGUAGUGUUGUGCGUGUAUUGUCGUGUAUAUCUUGUGUACAAUUGUACAUACUACAUCUACAUAUAAAUAAUACGAAUAUUGGUGCUCUAGAAACAAAAUGAACAGAAGACCAAUUAAACUCGCUUUUAGCGAAAUUUUACCAACAAUAAUUUUAAUUGAAGCAAAUAAUUUGUCUCAACUGAAAAUCAAAAGUAAAAAGAAUAUACAUUUAUUCCUGAUUUAAUUUAUUACUUAAAUCGAUUUUUCGUCGAAAAAAAAACAAUUUAAGAAGAAAAGAAUUUAAACAUUUUGUAUUCGUACUUCUAAUUUCUAAUGUGCCCAAAAGAUUUGAGAUAUAUAUAAGAUACAAAAAAAAUACAAAAAAAAUAAUUAAAAAAAAUAAAAAAAUUGUGAAAGUUUCGUGUGAUAAUAACAUUUUUUUUAAUCAGUCUGUGUAAAAAUUAUGUUUCAUUCUCUCAGUGUACGGACAUGAAUUUCUGAAGAACAUAGAACACAUCAUCGACCUAUGGUCACAAUAAAAGUUUUUUCACCGAAAUGUUAAAAUUGUUAAUUAACUUUUAAACUCUCGAUUUUCAGGUUCGUGGAAAAAAUAUAUGGGAAAAUGAAGUGACAGUUUGAAGACUUAAAAUGAAACCUUUCCUUUGGAUAGAAAUUAUUAGAGUAUUAAUGAUAAUAAAACAUCUACGUAAACAUUAUAAAAUACAGAAUACUCAUUUUAUAUCCUUAAAUUCCAAAAUUCUAAUUAAAAUAUGUUAUUUGUUUUAUGAAUUUAAAAAUGGAGAAAAAACUAGUGUUUGUAUUUAAAAUAAAAGAGUGAUAUCCAGAGUAUCUUGUUGCCUCUUCUUCGAUUAUAAACUGUGUACGAAAAAUAAACAAAAAAUGAUCUUUUAUACAUCUUUUAACUAUAGAAAAAACACUAAAAAAUGUGUUCCUUAAAACAUAUGAUUUUGUCUUGUGAAUGAAAAGGAACAAACAAAUACAUACAUCGCAUUAAAUUACCAUUCAUCGAUUAAUAUUUUAAAUUUAUGCAUUGCAUUUGAAUCUAUCAGAAUCGUAUCGCUCAUUCGAAAAUAUUACAUGUAUCCAUCAUGCAGAAUAAUUUAGUCUUUUGUUCAAUUAAAUCGUCUAUGUUGCAAUUAAUUUAUAUAAAAAUUGCUGUUGUUUUAAAUAUUAUUUGGAUGGUAUUACCAUCAACAGCCAACGCAACAGCCGGUCAAUGUACAUGGGAUUACAGUAGUAGUAAAUUGAAUAGCAUUACGUGCCGUACACAAUUCAUUGAUCAUACCACGAACUUGGAUUCGCAACUAGUUCAGGAUUAUGACAAAUUGACAAUUCAGUGCAGUGAGAAUUUUUUAUAUGAGAGCCAGUUACCAAAAAAUGCGUUUGCUCAGCUACGUAAUUUGAAUGAUUUAAAUAUCGAUUCAUGUAAACUUUUGUACUUGCCUAGUGAUACACUAUCGAAAUUAAAAGGAUUGAAAACGCUAACUAUACGUACACGGAAUGUUGACUGGGGCCUAAGUAAGAGUCUUGAGUUGAAUAUAAGCUCAUUCCAAUCUCUCAAAGAAUUGGAGGUACUAAAUUUAAUCGAAAGUGGCUUGCGGACAAUACCUGAAGGUGUAUUUUGUGAGCUGCCAACGUUGCAAGUGUUGAAUAUAACGAGAAAUCGCAUUCGAUCAACAGAAAACUUAGGAAUUUUGCCAAAAACAUGUACGGCGGCGGCCGGUGGUGUUGAGAGCGAUUUACGGAUUCUUGAUUUGAGUCGAAAUGAAUUAGGCAAACUAACCGAAAAUUGGUCAGUCGCAAAACUACGUCGUCUGCAACAGUUGAACUUGGAACAUAACAAUAUUACAGAAAUUUCAGGUGAAGCACUGGCCGGACUGCCUUCACUUCGUAUAUUCAAUAUUAGUCACAAUCAAUUGGAAUCUUUGCCAAAUGGUUUGUUCGCGGGUGCUCGUGAUUUUCAAGAGAUUCAUUUACAGCACAACAAAUUAUUUCAAAUUCCACGUGGCUUAUUUCAUAAACUUGAACAAUUACUGAUAUUAGAUUUAAGCGGUAAUCGAUUAUCCAGUCAACACAGUAUUGACAAUACGACAUUUUCCGGCCUAAUACGGUUGAUUGUAUUGAAUUUGGCACAUAAUGCACUCACACGAAUCGAUGCGAAAACCUUUCGAGAUUUAUAUUUCCUGCAAAUUCUCGACGUCCGUAAUAAUUCAAUUGGUCACAUAGAGGAUAAUACAUUUCUGCCACUAUAUAAUUUGCACACACUUAAUUUGGCUGAAAAUCGCCUACAUACCAUUAAUGAAGGACUAUUUAAUGGCCUUUUUGUACUAUCUAAACUAACAUUAAAUAAUAACAACAUUCGUAAUAUCGCUUCAAAUGCAUUUAAAAAUUGCUCUGACUUAAAAGAGCUUGACUUGAGUACAAAUCAACUGCAAGAAAUACCGAUGGCCAUUCAAAAUCUAACAAUGCUUCGUACAUUAGAUUUAGGUGAAAAUCAUAUCAGUGAUAUAUCAACUGGUGCGUUUCGUAGUCUAAAUCAACUAACGGGUUUACGCCUCAUUGACAACCAAAUUGGAAAUGUGACAAGAGAGAUGUUCACUAAUUUACCUAGACUAAGUGUAUUAAAUUUGGCAAAAAAUCGAAUUCAGUACAUUGAACGUGGCUCUUUUGAUACGAACAACGAAAUCGAAGCCCUUCGCCUAGACCGAAAUUUUAUAAACGAUAUUAACGGAGUUUUUGCCACGCUUAAUUCAUUGCUCUGGCUUAAUCUAGCUGAAAACCAUCUGGUUUGGUUUGAUUAUGCGUUCAUUCCGCGAAGCUUGAAAUGGCUUGAUUUGCACGAUAACUAUAUUACGGAUCUGGGAAAUUAUUACAAAUUACAAGAAGAAAUUAGUUUAAAAACACUGGACGCAAGUCAUAACCGUUUGAGGGAAAUUGGACCCUCAUCAAUCCCAAAUUCUAUAGAGCUAUUAUUCAUUAACAAUAACAUGAUAAAUUUGAUACAACUAAACACAUUCGUUGACAAAAUAAAUUUAACUCGUGUGGAUCUAUAUUCCAAUGCAUUGAAAAAAAUUCAUUUACAUACAUUACGUUUGGCACCGAUACCAUCAACGAAACCUUUGCCAGAAUUCUACUUAGGUGAUAAUCCAUUCGAAUGCGACUGUUCAAUGGAUUGGCUUCAGUCUGUGAAUAGUUUAACGGCGCGCCAACAUCCUAGAAUCAUGGAUUAUGCUAACAUUGAAUGUGUUAUGCCCCGCCAUGAACGUGGUGACGCAGUAAGAGCGAUUGCAUCGUUGGACGCAAAAGAUUUUCUUUGUAAAUAUGAGAUAAUGUGCUUUGCUCUGUGCCAUUGCUGCGACUUUGAUGCAUGUGACUGUGAAAUGAUCUGUCCGACGAACUGCACGUGCUAUCAUGACCAAACAUGGACUACAAAUGUGGUAGAUUGUGGUGGUGGACAAAAACUUGGUGGACAACCAGCCAAUGUUUUACCGAAGAAAGUGCCUAUGGAUACUACUGCACUAUAUUUAGAUGGAAAUAUCAUUACUGAACUUCAGAACAAUGCUUUUAUCGGACGAAAAAAUUUGAAGCAAUUGUAUUUGAAUAAUAGUGCGUUGUAUCGAUUGCAAAAGCGUUCAUUGGCUGGUUUACAUUCUAUCGAAACCAUACAUUUGAAUCACAACCACUUACGUACAUUGCAUGGACACGAAUUCGAAAAUAUGGAUCAAUUGAAAACAUUGUACUUACAUAACAAUCGAUUGGAAUAUAUAGCGAAUGACACGUUUGUACCACUCAAAGCGCUACAAUUACUACGUAUCGAUGGUAAUCGACUUGUAACCAUGAUGAUGUUUCAUACGACGGCUCCGCCGCAGAACUUCCCGAAUCUAAAGUCAUUGUCGAUCGGACGAAAUACCUGGAGUUGUCGUUGCCCAUUUUUAAAGGAGCUUUCAACUUUUGUUAUUGAAAAUGCUGUUAUUUUAGAUGAUUCGCAAGACAUUUACUGUAUAGAUGGUGCAAUAAAGCAUGAAAUAGAUUUUAAUUCCAACGGCGAUUGUAGAAAAUCCUAUGAGGGGCGUUCAGUUUUAUUGCCGGAUAUAAGUAUAAAUGAACAUAUUCCAUUACUUUUAACAUCUCUUAUUCUGAUCAUCAUUGUUACUAUUCUUAUAUUAAUCAUUAUUUUUCGAGAGCCUAUACGAAUUUGGUUAUUUGCCAAAUGUGGUGUUCGCAUCUGCGAAACGAUUGGGGAAGAUUAUGAAAAGUUGUAUGAUGCGAUGUUUCUGUAUUCAGAAAAGGACCAUGAACAUGCAAUAAGAGAAAUAGUCGCCGAACUUGAGAUCAUACCACCACACUUACGUUUAUGUCUUCAACAUCGAGAUCUAACUCAUGACGCGUCGUAUUUGCAAGUGCUUGAAUCAGCACGUGCAUCAAAACGUGUCGUAAUACUUUUGUCGCGCAAUUUUCUACAAACCGAAUGGAGUCGCUAUGAAGUAAGGAAUGCCGUUCAUGAAGCUCUCAAGGAAAGACCACAAAAAUUAGUUUUAUUACAGGCAAAUGAUGCAUUAUUGGAAGCAGAAAAUGAUUUGGAACUGUUGCCAUACAUUAAGUCACGUGUUGUAAAUGGCAUUAAAUUAUCUGAUAAGCAUUUUUGGGAAAAACUACGUUAUGUAUUACCAUCCGAAAUUCAACAACGAUGUAAUAAUUAUACACUUCACAAUCAUCAGUCUUUGAAUCAGCCACAUCCACUAGAACGACAACACAAAUUUGUAACUAAUUCUCAUCAAACCCAGUCUGCAAGUAUGCAAUUACAUCAUCCCCUGCAUGGAACGUUAGCACAUCAUAAACAAUUGCCACCAUCAUAUUAUCAGCAAGAUAAUGACGAAGCAAACUAUUCUUCAGCAACAAUAGCAACACCAAGUUCACUGGGUCGACGAUCCGGUGGUGAUGAGCAUCCAUUACAGAAUCUCCAACAACAACAACAACAACGACAACAGCGUCCUCCAUCAGAGCAUAUAUAUUUCAGUAUUGAAUCUGAUUACAGUUCAACAGUAGCAGGAACGGCGAAUGCGGAAUUAUAAGUAGUUUUUUUAAUGUUUAAAAAAGAGAUAAACAUGUAUGAAAAAUAAAAAUGGAACAUAUUUAAUAUGUUUCAGAAUUUUAAUGAAAAAGUCUAAUGAAUACAGGGUGAUUCAGAAUUACAUGUCAAUAUUUUCACAAUUUUUUUUUAGCUCAUUAGGAGUAAAAAAGUAUAUGGGAACUUUUCCCGAAUCCCGGGUGUUUAAGAAGGGUUACAGCCCUAGCCCCCUUAGGGUCAAAAUUUCCCACAGCGGUGUCAAAACAAAUAUCAGAUUCGGUUUUCUCGUACCCAAAAACCCCCCAAUACCAGUUUUCAUACCGAUCGAAUGAAAAAAAUGUUAACUCCAAAAUAUCAUUCGAAGCUGAUUAUCUUGUGAACUUCGAAUCGAUCGGUCAAAACCGUUAGCACCAUUGGAUUCCUUAGGUCCGAAUUAUGUAAGAUCAGUGGUAAAACCAAACAAAAAACUUUCCCAGAAAAGUCGAUUCAAAAAAAAUGAAAAAAAUAAUUCGGUCGCUCCACUUCGGACUGUUAAAAUUUUUGACACACCCACAUAAAUUUGAAAUCUGAAAAUGUGCAUACCGGACCGAAAUUGGAUGCUCUUUCGAUUUCUGGCAUAAAAAAGAUAGCUUUAUCACAUGUUUUUUCGAGAUAAAUUACGAUUUUCCUCGAUUUUCGAUGAUUUUUUUCAAUUUUGGUCAACCCACGUCUCCACUGAAUUUUAUUUUUUUUUAUUUUUUUCGUGUUUUUCUCAAUACGGCUGAGAUGCCUUUCCAACAAGACAAUAAUCAAAAAUGCCUUUUGAAAAAAACCGCUGUGGUGGCCAUCCGUGGAAAUCAACCAGAAAAUAGGAAAUAUUGACCCUAAGGGGGCUAGGGCUGUAACCCUACUUAAACACCCGAUUCGGGAAAAGUGCACAUACACUUUUUUACUCCAAAUGAGCUAAAAAAAAAUUGUGAAAAUAUUGACAUGUAAUUCUGAAUCACUCUGGCCAUAUAUAACGUAUAACUGGCCAUAACAACAGCAAUAUCAACUUGUAAUUAAUAAAUAAAUGUAGAAAUUUGAGCUCAUAAUUAGACUGGUCCCCAAAACGCAAAAGUUGAAAUUUUUUCGCUCUUACCUCGGAAUACUUUUCCAUAUGGUGUGAAAAUAACGUGUAAAGUUUCAUGCCGAUAGCUCAACGCUAGAUGG